CUUUCGAUGACAAUACUUGUCUCAGUUCUGCGAUGGAAGACGCGUCCACCGUAACGACCCAUCCUCGCUCGCAGCCAGUAAUCAGUAACUCUUCGUACGCCGCUCGCAAAGCAAGUUGAACGGAAGAUCGCUUAGUUUCGGUGUGUUUACAAAAAAAAUCUUCGCCCACUUUUUCGCUGUACGCAUAAUGCAGAUGGAAACAUAUGUAAUAAAUAAUUGACCACAGCCGAACAACCCAGCAUCAAUACCAACGACGUCGUGUCCAAAAAUGACCCCUGGCCGAUGAGUUCAACAACGGACAAAGAAGGUUUUCGAUGCAGCUAGCUGAGAAAGUUACUCCACGGAAUGAGCCAGCCAGUGCGAGUGCACAUGCCGAGGCAACGAAUCCGGCACUUUGGGAACCAACAACAUUGCACAUAGCAAUAGCUCCCAUUCGAAUGUGAUAGUUUAUGGUAAUAAGUAGCAAACAAACCAAUGUUGUGAUUGUUAAACUAGAAGUGAUAAACGCGUUUAUGCCUUACUGAGAAGCAAAAAGUUGCAGUGACGCAAUAGUGAACCAAUUAGAUUACGUAGAACGCAAACCGCGAGUGUUUACAAAACAAUGGCAAAAGUGGCUGUCGGAGAUAAUUUGGCCCCAGUGCAGGGGUUUACUCAGAGUCGUCGAUCGAGCGGGGCGAGUUCCCAGCUACGACCCGACCAGAACAACGAUGGCGGCGGAAUCGAGCUGAAGAAAGAACUUGGCCUCAUGGACGGUGUGGCCAUCAUUGUGGGAGUUAUCGUCGGAGCCGGGAUUUUCGUGUCCCCCAAAGGAGUGCUACUGUAUUCUGGCUCAAUCGGUCAAGCGAUUAUCGUGUGGAUUUUGUCCGGAGUCCUCAGCAUGGUGGGCGCCUUGUGCUACGCUGAACUGGGCACCAUGAUCCCAAAGUCCGGCGGUGACUACGCAUACAUCGGGGAGGCUUUCGGCCCUCUACCAGCUUUUCUGUAUCUUUGGGUAGCGCUACUGAUCUUGGUGCCCGCUGGUAAUGCCAUAACGGCCAUCACGUUCGCCCAGUAUCUGCUGCAGCCGCUGUGGCCCACGUGUGAACCUCCGUACGAAUCGGUGCGGCUGCUUGCCGCUCUCAUCACGUGCCUUCUGACGGCGAUCAAUUGCUACAACGUGAAAUGGGUGACCCGCGUGACGGAAACUUUCACUGGAAUGAAGGUGCUAGCGCUGCUGGUGAUUGUAGCUGCCGGUGCAUGGUAUCUGUGUAGCGGCAAUACGGAACUGCUGGAGAACCCGUUCGAAAACUCCAAGGUCCAGCCAGGGUUCAUCGCGUUGGCGUUCUAUAACGGGCUGUUUUCGUACUCUGGGUGGAAUUAUCUGAAUUUUGUGACGGAGGAGCUGAAGGAUCCAUAUCGGAACCUUCCACGAGCAAUUUGCAUCAGCAUGCCUAUGGUGACCAUAAUCUACGUAAUCACCAAUAUCGCCUAUUUUGCUGUUCUUCCACCGGAUGUCAUGUUGUCUUCGCAGGCUGUCGCUGUGACAUUCGCUGAGAAAAUGCUCGGAUUUAUGGCAUGGGUCAUGCCGCUGUUUGUUGCUUGCUCAACAUUUGGAUCUUUGAAUGGUGCAAUUUUCGCUUCCUCUCGGCUGUUUUUCGUGGGAGCCCGUAAUGGUCACCUUCCAGCGGCGAUUUCGCUGAUCAACGUAAGCUGUCUUACACCGAUUCCAUCGUUGAUAUUCCUGUGCCUUCUGACAUUGGUUCUUCUGUUCAUCCGAGAUGUUUUCUCAAUCAUCAACUAUGUAAGUUACGUGGAGAUAUUAUUCAUCUUUAUUUCCGUCGCCGGAUUGCUGCAGCUACGCAAAAAGAAUCCUGACGCCAAGCGGCCCAUCAAAGUGUCCUUAGUCGCUCCGAUCGUAUUCCUCCUGACCGCGGGAUUUCUGGUGAUAUUCUCCGUCUUCGAAUCACCCACUGAAGUCGCAAUCGGCACCCUCAUCAUAGUGCUGGGCAUUCCAGUGUACUACGUUACGAUCCACAAGCCCUGGGCGUGGCUGACAGCCAAAUCUCAAGCGAUCAAUGUGCUCUGUGCGAAACUGUUCCUGUGUAUGCCCAACAGCGAGAAGCUAGACUAACGAAACAUGUCCGCCUGGAAGCUAGCGUGUUUUGUAAAUAGAUCGCUCGACAGUCGAGUCGAGGCUCGGAUCGUCACGUCCGAUACGAACUGGCAGUUCGCUAGCAGCCUUAAUAGUUUCACUACAUAUCGCAUGUGAAUGUAUAUAAAGAGCAAAUUUUCAACGAGCGGUUUUUUGACAGAUCCCCGUAUGUUAAGAUUCAAACGUGAGAUAAAUCUCUCUAUUUUUGUUUUUUUGCUCAAACUUUUUAUGCACAACGAAUAAUCUAUCAGAGAUCUUGUUUUUCAUAAGUUCACAAGAAGACAAUCAAGCAUUGCGUACUAUUGUAUCGCGUUGGAGCUGCAGAACAUUAUGAACCUACAGUGUUAUUAGAUAGGAUGGCAUUUAUUGAAAUGGAUACAACAUAACAAAAGUUAAGACUGUUUUGAAGCAAUUUUCCAUGGUUUUGUUAUAUAAGAUUUACAUCUCUAAGAAGUUUUUCUACGUAUAGCUUAAGUAAGGUUAAAUAAAUAACGCAUUCUUUUGAAAUAA